AUGGACCCAAAUACAAGCAUCGUCAAUGCCGACAACAUCUCCAACUCAAAGAUUGUUGUCCAGUUCAAUCCGGUUACUCAACUCCCCAUCAAACUUGUUGUUAGCCAUAACAUUUCAUUGUGGAAGGCACAGGUGUCCGUGAUUAUGCGUGGACACAACCUCUUUGGUCAUCUUGAUGGAUCAGCUUAUAAAAAUGCUAUCUUGGCAACUGUGGAUGCGACCAUUGGCAGUACAGUCGCUUCUGCCACAAAUGCAAAAGUCGCUUGGGACUCCUUGCAUACUGCUUAUGCAAAUAAGUCUCAAACUCGUAUCUUUAGUCUUAGAGACCGUCUAGCCCGCGUUUCCAAAGACUCUCGCUCUGUUGCAGACUAUCUCCAUCAAGUUCGACCUAUUUGUGAUGAACUUGCCACUGCUGGAUCCCCCGUAUCCAAUGAAGAAUUGAUUGUCAAGAUUCUCACAGGCCUUGGAUCUGAAUUUCGAGCACUUUUAGCCGCUAUCUGUGCUCGAGAUUUAAUAAUCCCCCAUGAAGAACGUCUUCAUAUGAAAAGUUUCUUCAUCAUGAGUGUCACACCCCUUUUUUAA